UGGCUAAAAGCCGGUAAAGUACGGGUACAAAACGUCGGCUGGUAGUCGUGGGAGAUACAUACGUUGUACUUUGGUCGUUUAACUUAUGUUAUUGUGUCAUUGGAGCAAUAAAAGGUUUAAAGCAACUGUAGCUGUCACAUAUCAUGAUGAGGAUGGCCAUGUUGAGAGAGAGGAGGUGGAUUUGUCAGAAUUGGUUACUGAGGAUCAUAGAGGAAGCUGUUCUUUUAACAGUCCUGAUAAUUGUGGUGCAUUGGAAGGCCAUGAACUGGGAAUGGAACAAGAUAACAGUGAUCUUGAAAGGGAUGUUCACCAUGAUUGUGAAGAAUCAUCUUCUUAUUACCAGAAAGUUGAAAGAAAACAAAAAGCAUGGGAAAAUUUGCGGCAUUCAAUUAUAAAGAAUACAUUUCAGUUAGCUGGCAAAAAUUGGAGCAAUCUGAAGUGUAUUCAUUGUGAUAAUGAAGCAAAGUUUAGGUGCAGUGAUUGUGGUCCAAGGGCAAAGUAUUGUGAGAACUGUAUGUUAAAGAUGCACACAACCGUAAAUAUUUGUCAUCAUGUUGAAAUAUUUAAGGAUGGCAUGUUUUGGCCAUAUAAACUCAUGAACAUGCUGGUGUAUGAUUGUUCAUGCCAAACAGCUCGUCACAAAAGAAGUGUUUCUGUUGUUGAUGUUAAAGGCACCUUUUGUACUGUUGAGGUACAGUUUUGCUCAUGCUCUCCAGAGUUUGUUCAACUUCUGCAAUUUGGCCUUUGGGGUGGAACACCUACAAAACCAAGAAUUGCAUUUGCAAUUGAGUUUUUUCAAUUGAUUCAUUCUGUGCAGAUGGAAUGCCAGGCAUCAAUAAAAGCAUUUGUCAGUCAUUUGAAGAGUUUAAUCAUAACCACAUAUUCUCUUUUUAUGCAACACCAAAAAUGUAUCCUGUCAUUAUAGAUGCUUUUGAAGAAUAUAGGUAACUGCAUGUAGGUCACUGAUUUAUUGCACUGCUGUACUACGUAAGAAUUGCUGGGAAAGUUGCAGUCAAUUUUAUAGCCUAAGAAUCUCAUCUUAAGAGAUGUAUUUAAUUGGAGGAAAGCAAAAUGCUAAAGUUUAUGAUGGGAAAGGACUUUUCCUCAAGUAUUACUGUCUUGCACUGUAUUUUGUUUAUGUCAUUUGUUUAAGAGUGCAUAAUUGCUUUCUUUGUGUCAUUGUUUUUUUCAGAAUUUACAGACAUAAACUAAACAUGUUGAGCUGUGUUAUUCCUGAGCUUGAUGAAGGAA